CUCCCAUCAUCAAUGUGCAGCUACAACACCAAGUCUAUUAGUGCUAAUUCAGUAGAAGGAAGUCAGCCGUGCCUACCUUCAUCGCCCUGUCCGUGAUGCAUUCAUUGAUGGAUGGCACAUGAUACAGUGAGAUAUCACCAAGAGGUCAACACGCUCCACUCUCAGGGAGGAUGAAUUCUAUUAUAACUAACAUACACAAAACUCCAGGAAGAUGCCCACACCUUCGCCCACCUGCUAGGCUGUAGACAGCUUCAGUCAUUAUUUUCGCCAUGGUUUCAACAGGGAUGCCGUUGGACGCCGCUUGUUUACUUGCAAUGGCGUUGGAAGGCAUUGUAUACGGCUUCUCAAUCCUCAUGUUCGUGGGUACCAUCUGGUCUUUGACCUACAAGCAGCGCACGCAGGACAUCGAUCGCCCAAUGCUCGCGGUGGCCAUCCUGCUGUUGAUACUGAGUACCGGGCACAUGGUCGCGAACAUCAUUCGUAUGGAAGAUGGGCUAGUGAAGUAUCGCGACACAUACCCAGGCGGGCCAGUGGCAUACUUCGCAGACCCUGCCCAGAAAAUGCUUGCGAUCAUGCAUGUGUUUUACGUCUUACAAACUCUACUGGCCGAUGGGGUAGUGAUCUAUCGCUGUUAUGUUGUGUGGCGAUCAGUCUGGAUCAUUAUCCUACCAAGCAUGCUGUGGUGCAGCGUCGCAGUGACUGGUGCUGGUGUGAUUUACAGCUAUUUGCAAGCCACAGGUAACUCCAUGGACUUCUACGCCAACUUGCUUGGCGGACCUACACAAUGGGUUACGGCAUACUUCGCCUCGACUAUGGCAACGAAUGGAUUGAGUUCAGGAUUACUCGCAUAUCGCAUCUGGAUGAUUGAAAGGAAUGUCUCUGGAGCUCGGGCUACGAAGGGCACUUUGAUGCCAAUAGUGCGCGUGCUCGUAGAUGCCGCUGUUUUGUACACUGUAAUUCUCGUCAUCUCACUAAUAUGUUUCCUGCUCUCGAACAAUGGAAUGGCAUCCGCAGUGGACAUGAUCACGUCGAUUAUAUCGAUUGCCUUCUACAUGGGAGGGGUGCAGGGUGAUAUAGGUCGGUCUAUUAGUAGAAGUCACGAUAUCACCAAGAGAUUCAUCAACACACACCAUAUCAGCCUGAGUGAUGAUGGAUUCUAUAUAACGACGUACACAAAACUUCAGGAAGACUCGGAUGCCCACGCCUUCGCACAUCUGCUAGGCUUUAGACAGCUUAAGUCAUUAUUUUCGCCAUGGGUUCAGUAG